AUGUUCGGCAGAAAUCGCAAAAUCACAAACGACUUCAUCAUCAGUUUCAGACAAGCAAACGAAUGGUCGGUCGUAUACGAGUUCACCAGCGGAUCCAAACAAUUAUAUGAAUCAACACUCAUUCCAUUGGUUUUACCACUAUUUCUGCAAUUGUUUGCCGGAAUCUUCAAUCCUAUGAAUCCAUCCUCCUUUGGAAACUUCAAUCCUCACGGAAGGCGUAAGAGAGACAUCAACUUUCAUCCAAACGAAAACAUGAGCCAACUUUUGAUGUCUAUAAUGAAACAAGUUGUCGACUCAUUUGACAAAUACCAUUAA